UUUAUUUCCCGCGUAAAGUUUUACACACAACAUAUAAAGGAUAAUAUGUAAAUCAAUUAAAUAUCAAUUGUUUAAAGAUGACAAUAUCAAGUGCUAAUUGAUAUAGAGUGUACUCAUCAGCUAAACAGUAACAGUUCAGUUAUUACUCUUAUCAGAGCCAGUUACUUUAAAUAAAUUGUAAAUAACAAGUAUGGAUCUAACCGAAGAGACUAAAAAUCUGUCUAUUAAUGAUCAGAAUUUACAAACUAAACGAAGUGGGUAUAUAGAUUGGCAGGAAUAUUUUAUGGCAACGGCAUUCUUAGCAGCUAAACGCAGUAAAGAUCCAAGUUUUCAAGUUGGAGCUUGCGUUGUAAACAGAGAUAAUAAGAUUGUUGGAAUUGGAUACAAUGGUAUGCCAAUAGGAUGUGAUGAUGAUGAAUUUCCUUGGGGAAAGAAUACACCAUCACCAUUAGAUAGUAAAUAUUUGUAUGUUUGUCAUGCGGAAAUGAAUGCAAUUGUAAACAAAAAUUCAGCGGAUGUCAAAGAUUGUAUAAUUUAUGUUGGAUUAUUUCCUUGCAAUGAAUGUGCGAAGAUUAUAAUACAAUCAGGUAUCACUGAGGUUGUAUAUUUAUCAGACAAGAAUGGCCACAAACCAACAUAUAUUGCUUCUAAAAGGAUGUUUGAUGCUGCCGGAGUUAAAUAUUGGCAAUUCAAACCAAAGAAUGAUAAAAUUGUGAUCAAUUUCACAGGCAUCGAUUGGGAAAACAUGAGUCCAUCCAAAUGACUUUAUUGUCACAUUGCUCACUAUAUGUCCCCACUGAGGGGCUCGGAGAUAGGGAAUAUUGUCAUAUGUGAUAUUUUUAAUGUUACUGUAUUUUUAUAUUUACUUGACAUAAUUAUGCCUUAAACAUAAGAGAUCAUAUUUUAAUUAAAUGAAACAAAUAUAUGAAUAAUUUUGUAAAAUAAAAUUUUAUUACUUUAUGUACAAGUUGACGUGGGCACAAAAUACUCCAAUCAUACAACCAAACAGAAAAUCAACGGCUGUGUCCCAAAUAAAAGAUUUUUUACAAAAUAUAAAAAUUGAAAACAGAAUUUGUAUCCUUAUUGAAAUGAAUUGUGUUCUCGGGUGAGUCACUUUUUUACAUUUUAUAAAUAAACCAAAGAAAAAGAAGUCAAAUGCACAAUUUUACAUACAUUUUUCAAUUAAAAGGGUUCACACGGAGUGGAAAAUAAUUUGUCUAACUAAAGUGCACACGGUUACAAUUCGGAGUAUUUAAUUAUAUAAUUAUUGUCCAAACUUUACAAAUAUCUACAGAGAAUAAAAUAAAAAAAUCAUAGUGUUUAAGUCCCGUUUGUUAACGACUCAAACGUUUUUCACAGUGUAAUUUAAUUAGACAGACUUGCAUAGAUCUGGUGUUCCAAUGAUAUUGUACAGUAAAAACUUAAAAAUAAUAAUUAUUUACAAAGCGUACCUCACUUCACUUGUCAAAUAUUGCUUGAGGUUCGUCUUUAUUAAAUUGCCACACAAUUUUAUUUUAUUUUAUUUUUUUACAUCUAAGAACAGUCAUUAAAUUACGAAUCCUAAAUUACAUUUUGUUAAAUUGCAUUUUUAUUGAACACUUCAGAGGCCACACAUUAAUUUAUAAAAUAAAUCAGAUGG